AUGUUGGAUAUUGACGGUACACCUGUCUUUAGCAAUCGCAUAACCAGCAUAGAGACACACACCUAUAAUCCAUAUGCAAAUACUAGACUUGGAAACAGUGAUGAGAUAAGGAUACCGAUACAGCAGCAGGAUCUGUACACGCUACUGUGUGAGAGUCACUUAUACAUCAAGGGAAAACUGGGUCUACUGGAGAAAAAACCGGAGGGAGUGAAGGAAGAUGUUGUUCUUGAUAACAACUGUGCCGCCUCUCUGUUUGAUGAAAUUCGAUAUGAACUGGAUGGGGUUGAAAUAGAUCGUUGCAAAAAUCCGGGAGUAACGACUGCGUUAAAGAAUUAUGUAUCUCUGUCCAUUGAAAAAAGUAAAACGUUAGGUAAUGCUGGCUGGUAUCAUAAGCAAAAUGCUGCAAUUGCAGAUUUUAAUUUUUGCGUGCCGCUUGGUAUGUUAUUCGGAUUCUGUGAAGAUUAUAAACGCAUCGUAAUCAAUGCGCGCCAUGAAUUGAUUUUAAUUCGAUCGCGAAACGAUGAAAACGCCCUGAUUGGUCCUACCGUUUUGAAACUUGUACUCAAAUUGUUUAAAGUUCAAUGGCGAAUGCCUCACGUCGGUUUGGAUGAAUUGAACAAAUUGGCGCUCUUACAUAUUGUUGAAAGUGGUCGACUGAUUUCGAUGAGUUUCCGCUCCUGGGAUCUGUAUGAAUAUCCGUUAUUACAAACAACCACGAAGCAUACUUGGUCUGUGAAAACAGCAACGCAAUUGGAGAAACCGCGAUAUGUGAUAUUCGCUAUGCAAACCGAUCGAAAGAACCAAUUGGACAAAACAUUUAAUCACUUUGAGAAUUGUAAACUAUCAAACAUACGACUACAUUUAAAUUCAAAAUCUUAUCCAUACGAUGACUUGAAUCUGGAUUUUGAUAAGAACAAGUAUGUGACACUUUACGAUAUGUACGCAAACUUUCGAAAAUCAUAUUACGGACACGGUGAACCCCUGCUCGAUAUGUUAGAGUUUUUAUCAUGUGGUCCGUUUGCAGUCAUAGAUUGCUCGCGUCAGAACGAAUCUCUAAAGAGUGCCACGACUGAUGUUAAGAUAGAUUUCGAAUGCAAAGAUAACGUGCCGCUCAAUACAACUGCUUACUGCUUGAUUAUACACGAUCGCAUAGUCGAGUACAGCCCUCUGACGAAUGUAGUACGCAGAAUAAACUAA